GCGCGCCGAAUCGAGGUUCUCGACCUCUUAUAGCGUGCUUUCUGCAUAAACAAGACGUCGUAUCCUGGCCUGGCCGGUGAGUCUUUUAGCUGCCCUCCUCUUCCUUCGUUCGUUAGCAGUAGUGUCUUGAUCUUGCUCGCGCCGUAGCCAUGGAUAUUGCCUACGAAAGCUUUGUCGACUCGGAGCCUUUCAAAUUCCUCGUCGGUCUACCACCCAAGACCUUCUACAUGCAUGCCGGACUUGCCGCGAAGCUCUCCAGCACCUUUGCCACUCUGGUCGGGGGUGGUAUGAGUGAGGCCAAGGAAAAAUGUGCAAAGUUGAAGGACACAGACAAGGACACCUUUAUUAGGGUCAUCCAGUUCGCAUAUACGGGCGACUAUUCCGUUGCCGAGCCGGACGUUGUUCUCUCGGCAUCAGAUGUUGGAAUCGAAAACUCGUCCAAGCACUUGAAUGAUAAAAACCAUCCAGUGAUACCUCAAAACCCAAUUCGAGAGCCAGAUGCUGGACAGUCGCCUGAAGAACCCCCCUACGACCCACACGAAGAAUAUGCAAUCGAAGUGCCAGCGGAAGAUCCAGCGAUAGAGGAAGAGCCAGCUGAAUGGGUGGACUGGGGCUCUGCCCGCAACAAGAAAGACAAGCGCAAGAAGCUCAGAAGCAGCAAGUCGAAGGUGGAACAGCUGUGGGACUCUUUUAAGAGCGAAGCACACGUAGCGGAGAAGAGACCAUGGCAGCCGGAAGUCAAUGAAGAUCAUUGCCAGGACUACACACCUGUCUUUCUGUGCCACGCCAAGCUCUAUGCCUUUGCUGACACGUACGACGUUGUUCCCCUCCAGGAACUUGUGCUACAAAAGCUCCGGCUCACGCUCUCAAGGUUCAAGCUGCAUCCACAGCGGGUGGGUGAUGUCGUCGAAUUGUUGAAAUACACCUACACAAACACGACGGACUAUGAGGAGAGUAUUGACGAGUUGCGCAACCUAGUCACUGACUACCUGGUCUGCCACAUCGAAAAGAUUAUACACCACGUGGAGUUCACCAAAUUGCUCGGCGAUGGUGACAUGGUGAAGGAUUUCCUUCCCAAGCUUGUGGAACGACGGUUAGAUUGAGGUAGAACUGCUAGUUGUCAUGAGGAGUCGGGCAUUCCAAGCAUGAGAAUGUCGCUGCACACUUGACUUCUAUACUUCAGUGGCCUAGUACAUAGUGGCGUCGGUGGAGACCUGAAGAAAC